AUGCCUACCAGGGUUCCCCUCCGGAACAAGGUGCGUGCGCGAUGCCUAGAAGAUCGUUAUUACGAAGCCGCAAAGAAAAUUCAAGUCUAUGUCAAUGGAGAUCAGCAUAAACGACCAAAGCUGUUCACAGUGCCCAAGAGCAAGGUCAAGGGCCCAGAAGCAAUGGAAGUUUUUAUGACACAAAUGACAGAUUCUUUGCGCAAUAAUUUUCAUCUACGUUCUGCGAUCAGGCAUUUAUUUACACCAGAGGGCGGCACCCGCAUCAAGAAACUGGAGCAACUCAAGGAUAGAGGCGUAUACAUCGCAUCAACUAAGGCUAAAUUGGAGAAGGCAGAUUAUUCAAAGAACCACAGCCCCCCAAAGAAGCCCCGACUGCGAAACAUCCACACUACUUACUCAAAACUGCGUCGAGACUCAGAGAUCUAUGUCAAGCCCGUCAAGCACUGGGAUAAGGCUGCUGAGCAUUACAGGAAGACGCCUACCGAUCUUCGCUCGCACUACAAGGAUAGUCUUUCCUACUAUCAGACUAUCAAGGAGAGCACGAAGCCUCACAUCAAAACUCUCUACAUCUUCGCCAAUGGAGACACUCACCGAUACUACUCCGUCAUUCUCCGCGGAAAGCUCGCCAGCGAUGAGAAGGAUACCGAGUGCUUCCAGAAGAUUUUGAACCAAAUCUCGACCACCGUUGGUCGAGCCCAGACCCGAGAUCGAGGAUCUCUUGCCGUCCGACGACUUUACAACCUUGACGGCAAACGAGUGAAGACCCAGCGAGGAUUGCACGAUGGCAUGGCCUACAUCUGCGUGGGAGAUACGAAGCUCAAACGACUUCCGUAUGGAAGCGAGCAUUCGAUGAACCCCCAAUGGAAGUCUACUAUCAAGCCAAUGCGAACGACUAGCGGCGCUAUUAGCGUGAUGGGAGACAGCCCAAGAACACCACGAACUCCCUACCCGGACUCUCCCUUGCCCCCGAUCAAGACGCCUGUCCCCCAGAUGGCUACGCGAACGAUGAACUCCCCGCGCCCGCUCAAGACACCAGUUCAGCCGUCGGCGAAGACCACCUAUGCUGAAGCCCCUGUUCCCAAGAAGGCGAACUCGCGCACACCAAAAGCAUUGAAGGCACCAAACAAGGGAAUUCCAAAGGGCAUCGCAAGCAACAUGCCCAUCAUCAAGAAGAAAUCUAACCCAAAAGUCGGCUCCAAGCAUCAGAUUCUCCCCGACUUGAACCAGAUGAGAACCGAAGCGGAGGAAUUUGACGCCUCCCAAAUUGAAACCGCAGAUGAGCAAACCUCAUCAAGGGUAUCGGGAAAGUCACGCACUUUCCCAGUUUUAUGUGUUGUCGCUAAGCAACGAAUUUUCUCAAAUAAGGUGCAGAAGAAUAAUUCGCCAUCAGAGUUCGAAAUCUGA